AUGAUUUUAAGCAGCGGGGAAGAGGUUGACAUAAUAUACAAGGUGCUGAAGCAGGCGGGGGACCUGGGGGGGCGGCGCAGUGCCUAUGGGUCCAUAGAGCGCGAGUUGGGGGGCUAUAGAGAACCAGUGGUCGACCGUCCCUCUGGAGGGAGUUAUAGGGAGCUACCCUCAGUGGGAAGCUAUAGGGAACUUCCUUCUGCUGGUAACUUUAGGGAACUUCCCUCUGAAGGGAGCUUUAGAGGGAGCAGCAGCGCCAUGUCCCUGCAGCGACACUUGUCCCAGCAAUCCCCGUACUUGUCUGGUCCUCCUUACCCCUCCCAUUCAUCCCACCACCUCCCACCUCCCCACCACGCACCACCACCAUCCCAUCUCCCGCCACCUGCCCAUCCCCCAUCACACCUGCAGCACCACCGCUUCCAUCGCGCCCCUUCCGCCGCCGCCAACCUAAGCGUCGCCCAGGGGCCACCCGCGUCGUCGUCAGUCGUGUAUGGAGGGGAGCAACAGUCGGGGCUGAGCUUCAACUCGUUGAUAGCCUCCCAACCCGGACGUCGCCCCCUCGAGCCCCCUUCCCCCACCGGACUCUCCCACUACCCCCACGACCAAGGCAGCGGGGAAGAGGUUGACAUAAUAUACAAGGUGCUGAAGCAGGCGGGGGACCUGGGGGGGCGGCGCAGUGCCUAUGGGUCCAUAGAGCGCGAGUUGGGGGGCUAUAGAGAACCAGUGGUCGACCGUCCCUCUGGAGGGAGUUAUAGGGAGCUACCCUCAGUGGGAAGCUAUAGGGAACUUCCUUCUGCUGGUAACUUUAGGGAACUUCCCUCUGAAGGGAGCUUUAGAGGGAGCAGCAGCGCCAUGUCCCUGCAGCGACACUUGUCCCAGCAAUCCCCGUACUUGUCUGGUCCUCCUUACCCUUCCCAUUCAUCCCACCACCUCCCGCCUCCCCACCACGCACCACCACCAUCCCACCUCCCGCCACCUGCCCAUCCCCCAUCACACCUGCAGCACCACCGCUUCCAUCGCGCCCCUUCCGCCGCCGCCAACCUGAGCGUCGCCCAGGGGCCACCCGCGUCGUCGUCAGAGCUCCGUGGGAGCCUCAGUUCCUUCUUCAGAAGACCCAAACCAUCCUCUUGUCUGUGUCCACGCCUGCACAGCUACACUGUUGACAACUUCGUGGAUGUCCUGAGCAUGCACCACACACCGUCCAGUCCCGUGAACCACCGCCGUCUGAUGUCAGGGCGCGCGACCCGCAUGAGUUCUGUGGAACUGCCCGACGACAACAAGUCGCUGAGCUCUGCCAGCACCUCGCCCUGUCCGUCUCCUGUCACUAAGGUGUGUGGUCACGAUCAAUUUGGUCUGCCAGCACCUCGCCCUGUCCAUCUCCUGUCACUAAGCGCUGGCUACAAAGUGACGGUGACAGACACGAGCGACAUCGACUGGUGGCAGGGCAAGUGCAUGGGGCGCACAGGUUUCUUCCCCUCCAAGUAUGUGUCGCGCCUCAACAACGGGGAACGGCCUCUGCAGGUCACCCACAACCUGCAGGUCACUGACGGUGACCGCGGGCUCAAACUCCUCAGGGAUCAGAUCGUGAUACAAGUUGGCGAUGAGAUCGAUGGCAUGGUGAUGAUCCGUAACGGUGACCACCAGCAAGGAGUGUGUCCCACGAAAUACCUGCAGGAGGUAUGAACGUCGAGCCCUUCAGGGAUCAGUUGACAGCAAGCCCCACGAGCAGACUCUUCACCAUCACUACACUUGACAUACGACGCAGGUCCACGUAGCCAAUUCUUGCACCAUAAGCGGCACUCUACGAAUGAUGUUCACUACUACCACCAUCACCACGAGCACCACCACCAACAUGAUUGUCAACAUCACUACCGAGAUUUGGCACUCCCUAGAGAGGAGCUCUUUCAGAUUUCCGACGGGCAAUCGGAGGUCCGCGACGCUUCGGAAAAUUCCAGCUGCAAGAAAAGUUACUCGAAAAACGAAAGUCUUGGCCGGCACUGCGAUUAUCGCAGCGACCGACAUUGCGAUAUGAACUUCAACGUUCAUAACACGCAUUUUGGCAACCACAAAUACCACAAUGACAAGCCCAGCCGCAGCGGGAGCAAAUCAAGCCGCACCAACAGCAGACCAAGUUACGCCAGCAGCCGAGGGUCUUUUUGGGGGUCGUCUCUCCCUGAGACCCUAUCCGAGGGCACGUCUCAAAGCCCUUAUCAGCCGUCUGAUGACGACGACGUCUUCCAGGAAGAGCUGGUGAUCACGUCUUCAUCUUCGUCUUACUCUCACACGAACCUCACGAAGCUGGCCAAGCGCAUAACGAACAAUCGUCUUCUGAAGAACGGCACUUCAUCCUACCCCGUGCCUCCUCUGAACAUUCCCACUUCAUCUUCGAUUCCUGCCUGGUCCUUCCAUCCGUUGAAAGUUCAAACGUCACUUCCAGAGGCCGCUUCUCAUGAAGCUCGCAACUGUUGGUCUUCCGACGAUGAGGAACAGAGUCAACAUUCAAAGAGUUUGCGCUCACUUUGGUUGGUGCAGCUACCAUAUCCAUUGCGUAGAUUAUAUUUCUUCAUGGAUCCCCAUUGGAUACCCCGCAAUCGCUGGUGAAGAAUCUGCUUAAAGUGACUCCAAAAAUCGCUACACCAAACACGUGCAAUUUUCUAUUUGUCAAGCAAGGUUAAAUUUUAAAAACCACCUCGAUACCUCCUGAAGCUGCAAGUCACGAGGUACCAACAACUAACUGAUAUCAGAUCUGCUGUACAUUUGACGGUGCCAUGCUGGUGCCGUUCCGUGAUUCCUGAAGGGCCCUGGGCAGUUGAUUGACACUAAUAAAGCGUCAUUAUAUAAAAGGAAUAUUCAAUUUGCUAAGUUUCUCGAGAUUUCCGCUGCAGUCGUGCGCAUCUCCCAUUCAUACGGGUGACAUUUAACCGGCAUCGGUAAAUGCUAUUGCAGUAGUUCGACAGAUGCAGUAGCUUCCAACGGUCCGAAACCGAGACCUUAUAAGCCAAGAGCAGAUAAGAUAGGUUUACAUAUAUCGGUGAGUAUUGAACAUAAUAGGAUGAUAUAUAUACUUAAAACUGAAUUUUUGUGUCAGUUAAGACGUCGGUAAAUAAAAUUUUGAUCCUAUACGGCCGGCAUUAUUUAUACGUGGAGUAACUACCUAUAUUCAUUGAUCAUAACUAAAUGAAUCAUUUAAGACGAUGUGAUAACAACUGCAUAUCAAAAGCUAAAAUAAUAUCUCCUUAGAAAAAUCAUUUUAUAAGAACUUAAACUUCAUUUGGCAGAAUUGAUAGGCACUUGCUGUUAUCAACUGACCAGUUCCAUAAUACCUAUAUACUCAUGGAGUCCGUGAGGCACUGCAAGCUAUCCUUAUGUAUUGAUUAAAAUCCAUAACUGACUUGUAAAUCUUGUUAACUGUAAGGUUAGAUAUUUUCUAGUGAACACUUCCUUCCAGCAGUUGCUUCACACGACAGAUGCAUUUGAUUCCGUUUCAUCUCUGUGCCUGUUUCACGCUGUUCUUCAGUUCGCCUUUUGUAAGGUAGUUUUAUUUUGUCGUAUUUCUGGUGUGUGCAGCAGUAUGCUGUACAUUUGUUUACGAUGAUUUUGUACCAGAAACUGUACAUUAAUUUGUUGAACUGAGACCACGAUUUGUUGUUCUGUGUUCCUGAUUUGCUUCUACGAAUAAGGUUGUGAACGCGCGCCCCACUUCUGACAAGUGAGACACUUGCAGCGCCAGGGCGCGUGGUGCUUAUGACGGGCGCCUGCCACGGCUCUUAGAUUAUAUGAUCAUAAUACACGCUAAUUAAUUCCAUACCUCAACAUCAACACUGCAACUUAUAAAAGUAAUAACAACCAUUGGAUAUUUGAGUGUAGCAAUUGCAGCUUUUCAAAGCUACAAUUGCUUUUGUAGCUUUAUUUGUAGCAAUUGCCGUCCAGUUCAACAGUCACGCUAAUGCCAUUCGUUGUAACAAAAGAAGCUAAAUUAGAAUUUUUUCAAAUUAGCCGAUAAAUUGAGACGAUACACAGGCGUCUGCCACGGGCGCGACGCGUCUUCUGUGCGUGGCAACUGAACAGUUUAACCGUUGUCGCUAUUCCCACGAUGUUAUACUAGUCAUUCCUGGCAUCCAGGAAUGAUGAAGUUAGUGCUGCUUUUAGGUUUUAGUCAUAAAACGUGGGAAGUACUUUUAGGUGAUGAUUUAUGCCGGCCUUAACUGGAAUUACCUUAAACGUUCAUUUUGUUCGAAUUUUGAGAUUCACCUUCAG